CCGUAUCGGUGACGCAACGCCGGCGAGUCCCGAAUAUCGCGCAUGCGCUCAGUAGACAACAGGCUCUGGAGUGUCGGUAGCAGCUGUGCGGCAACAAAGGCUAUCUGCAUGAGAGUAUUUCAGUUACUGCACAGCCACGCACCCGUGCAGCUUAGAGGGAUCAAGUGAAUAAUACUAAUGGAGAGAGUCAAAUUGAGCCAUGUCACAGAUGAAAAGUCCCAUUCUGAUACAAACAGGAAAAUCAUCAAAGAAUUUGAUGGCCAGUCCAGAUGUCUGAUCUGUGCCCAGUCAGACGAUGAGGAGUUGUUCCUCCAUUUUGUGUUCAACCUGGCUGCAAAAGUGUGAUGUCAGAGACCACCAUAGAGAUGAAAAUUAACUCAUCUGAAGUGCUGUCCUUCACCCAUUGAUGACUUUUGUGAAUCUUAUUACAGAUUAGAAACGACAGAGAAUCAGUGUACGGGAACCUCAAACACAACAACACGUCAGCUUUGCUGCCUCUCUCCAGAUAUUUCCUUUAUAAAACCAAUGUAUCUGUUGUUGAUUUUUGGAGAUGAAGAAGUAUCUCUUCCCAGCCUGAAAUGUGCUUUGUGUCUGAAAUGAAGUUUUCUGUUGUAACUCAAUGGAACCAGGGUGCUGAGAAUAUACCAGCAUUUGUUCACCAGAGAUCAGUUCUUCAGCUGCAUUAAUUGUGCAAGGAUUUUCCUACGUCUGACGUCAAUUUGUUAAAUUGAUAGAGAACUGUGGGAAGGGAUUCUCUCACUCAUUCCAGAGGAAGACACACUAGCAAAAUCACACGGAGGAGAAACCGUUCACCUGUUCUGUGUGUGGGAAGGGAUUCACUCACUCAUCCAACCUGCAGACACCAGCAAGUUCAUACGAGGGAGAGGCUAUUCAAUUGUUCUGUGUAUGGGAAGGCAUGAGUGUCAUCCAGCCUACAGGCACACCAGUCAGUUCACACUGGGGAAAUGCUAUUAACAUGCUUAGACUGUGGGAAGGGAUUCACUCGGUCAUGUGACCUACUGGCACACCAGUCAGUUCACACUGGGGAGAGGCCAUUCACUUGCUCAGACUGUGGGAAGGGAUUCACUCGGUCAUCCAACUUACAGAGACAUCAGCGACUUCACACUGGGGAGAGGCCAUUCACCUGUUCUGUGUGUGGGAAGGGAUUCAUUCGCGCAUACAGACUGCAGACACAUCUGUCGGUUCACACUGGGGAGUGGCCUUUCAUCUGCUCACACUGUGGGAAGGGAUUCUCUCAGUCAUACGACCUGCUAGCACAUCAGACAGUUCACAGUGGGGAGAGGCCAUUCACCUGCUCAUACUGUGGGAAGGGAUUCACUCACCUAUCUAGCCUACAGAGACAUAAGAGAGUUCAUGCUGGGGAGAAGCCAUUCCCCUGCUCAGACUGAUGGAAGUGAUUCACUCUGUUAUUGAACUGAAGGUAUAUCUGCAAGCUCACUAAGGGAAGAGGCCAUUCACAUCAAAGUAAGUUUAAUUAUUUUUAAAACCAUAUGUAAAUACAAUUGAAUGAGACAGCGUUCCUCUGGGGCCAAGGUUGGAAACAUUCAAAAAUACCAAGUAACAUAAUCAAAGUAGUGAGCAAAGAAGUAUAUUCACUCAAUAAAAAAUCAUAUAUAUAGUCCAGGACCCUGAGCGACAAUGUCCGGUGAUUGAUGGUAGUCUCCCAGCAGUGUGCAGGCACACGUAAUACAGCUUAUCAUUCCACCGCUCGAACACAAGAUGGCAGUAUCGAUGGGAGAGUCCAGGCCCCAGCCGUGCUCAGACACCACGCUGUAAACUCUUCCAUGUUUCUCACCUGGACUGCAGCAGCAGACAAGUCCGAAGUUUGAAGUCUAGUCUUCAUUACCAUCAAGGCUACACAGCUCCCCUGUUGUCUGUCCACCCACCAGACAAGGGUAACAGCAACUCACAUGAUCACAGGUGAAAUGUCCGAGCCAAUCUCUGAACCAAACUGGCUCCUUCAACAUCCUGGCAGGCUCUUCCAAUAUCCUAACUUGCUCCUUCUCCACCAUCCUGACCUCGGCUGGCUCCGUAAGCUCUGAAUGUGGGAAGAGAUUCACUCGGUCAUCCAACGUUGUUGCACACUGCAGAAGGUAGUUAAAUAAGCUGCAUGCUUGAUGUUAAGAUGUUUGGAUAUGGUCCAAGUGCAGAGCGAGGCACAGCUAAGUGGGUCAGUAGUUCACUGACUUUAAUGAAAACUUCGCAGAAUUUUAAGGGAAAGAGAAACAAUAAGCACUAAGCCAACAGGACCAAUAACUAAAACUCUGAAAAUGAAUGUAAAAUAUCAAUGCUGCAGUUGAAAGCAAUAUCAAAAUACUAAAUGAAUAACACUCCUUUCCAGCGUCAGUCUGAACAGUAGUCCUUUCUUAGACACGGAUGAAGGUAGGCAGGAAGCAUAACGUUGCUGUGCUUUGCUCAAGUCUUGACAAGACUACGAUGAAAAGAAGGAAGUUAAAUGCUGCCAUAAUGAAACAUAAUUAGCUGGAAAGUGCAUAUUCAAAAGCGCAAUUGCCGAACCUGUUGCACAGUCUGCCAGUGGGGGUGCAUAGACCACGCUGUAGAGUCCAUGAUUGUGACAUUAGAUAUUUCACCAUCACAGCUGCUGACUCCAGAGGCAAGUUCAAAGUUGGUAUAGAAUUCGGCAAUUAUUGUUGCUGCUCAUCAAACCCGGUUCAGCACCCUGGUCACUGGGCAUGGGUGGAGUUUAUUCUGCUGAUGUUCACCUUUAAUGGGACUGAAGUUUAAUAUUCUGGAUCUAUGACAAAUAAAUCCGUCCCAUUUUUAAACUGUGUCCCAGGUGUCCAGUGACUCUACAACAUACCCAGUGUACAGUAGAGAGUCAACCCAGCCCAGCUAGACACUGUCAGUGUUUCUGUUCCAUGUUCUGUUCUUCGUAUAUUGGUGGUUAACCUCCUUAUUCCCUGCUCAUUUCACAGUUAUUAUUGUUACAAGGAUCUACUCCUUAGUAAUUCCACACGGUAGGCUUAUUCAGAAAGUCAGAAGGCAUGGGAUCCAGGGAAGUUUGGCCAGGUGGAUUCAGAAUUGGCUUGCCUGCAGAAGGCAGAGGGUCGUGGUGAAGGGAGUACAUUUGGAUUGGAGGGUUGUGACUAGUGGUGUCCCACAAGGAUCGGUUCUGGGACCUCUACUUUUCGUGAUUUUUUUAUUAACAACCUGGAUGUGGGGAUAGAAGGGUGGGUUGGCAAGUUUGCAGACGAGACAAAGGUUGGUGGUGUUGUAGAUAGUGUAGAGGAUUGUCGAAGAUUGCAGAGAGACAUUGGUAGGAUGCAGAAGUGGGCUGAGAAGUGGCAAUUGGAGUUCAACCCAGAGAAGUGUGAGGUGGUACACUUUGGAAGGACGAACUCCAAGGCAGAGUACAAAGUAAAUGGCAGGAUACUUGGCAGUGUGGAGGAGCAGAGGGAUCUGGGGGUACAUGUCCACAGAUCCCUGAAAGUUGCCUCACAGGUAGAUAGGGUAGUUAAGAAAGCUUAUGGGGUGUUAGCUUUCAUAAGUCGUGGGAUAGAGUUUAAGAGUUGCGAGAUAAUGAUGGAGCUCUAUAAAACUGGUUAGGCCACACUUGGAGUACUGUGUCCAGUUCUGUUCGCCUCACUAU